CUGAUGAAGGCUGGUGUCCGUGGUAAAGCCCGAUCUACAACCAGCAGCAGAACACACGGCAGAUCCAGAUCGGAAUAUCCUAUUGCCGCAACUGGGAGGACACAUAAAGACGGUCGUCGACCUAGAGUAGGGAUCUUCAUACAGCCACCAGGUUCUACCGAACCCUAUAGAACUCAUCUUCGAGUCAAUUUAAGAUUCCUGAAGGUCAUCGAGCAGGCCAACAAAUACUAUGCAACUUUGUCAGAAAUCGACGGGUCGCGGGGACAGGUUGAUAAAGCCAAUAAGUUUCUGAGGAAAGCUUUGAGAGCAAUCGACUUAGGGGAUAAAUUCGAUUCAGUCGCACCCAAAGGUGACUUUGUACAUAAAACGCAAAGGUACAUGGCACCCGCGUUCCUUUGGCAAGGCCACAGCGCGGCUGAAACGACUGGUAUAUCGGCCGAAGGCUUUAUAUUCCAAGGUGAGGUCAUAACCCAGGGAAGUAACCAUUUCGGAGUGGCCUUGGGGGGACAUUUCCGUUUCGAUAACAGAGAACCUAAGGUAGGUGCUUCCGUGCCAAAUACCAUGACGCCAAAAGGCGGACAGAAGCCGUACGGUGGCAUGCGAGGUGGUGCUGACCCAGCGCCAAAACGCGCCUCGCUCGAGGCCCUGAAGGAUGGUUAUAACAUCCAUUGGACAACCCCGGCAGAUGAAUGGGCACGGCUUAUAGAGGACGCGCAACUGCGAAUCCAUGAUCUACCAGACAAUAUAGACGAUCUUGAACCGAAACAACCUCUAAUGUAUCCUUCAAACGAUAUGGGCGAAGACCUACGUUCCAAACACGUUCACGACUUCCGACAAGUUCUAAAUGAACUCCAGCCGAUUGUGGAAGAAAUUAAGGGAGCAAGGACUACUCGUGUGAGACUUGUAGAAAUUUUGAAAGAUGUCUCGUCACGAAUCGACACCGCUAGAAUCGACUCGCAAUUGUUUAUAACGAGCUUCAUAAGAAAGGAAAUAUAUGCCAAAGCCCGGUUUAAUAUUGGAACCAGACAGAACGGGAACGAGGAAUUCCGAGGCGCGCUAGAAACAGUCUUUGAGUGGCGGGCGCUAUAUAUCCUUCGACUCUGGGUCCUCAACAGGUUGCUUCGGAGGACAAACGAGCCAGAGUACAACAUCACCAACCUGUUGCAAGCAGAAAUCAGCUAUCGGUUUAUGCUGAGAGCUCAUGAGAAAGCGUGGAGCGAGUACGACCUAUUCAGAUUCUACCACUGGAUCAACAGUAGAGAAGCUGGAGCAGUUGUACAGGCUCGAGUCGGUCUCCGAAGAGAGCUGGAUAGGUAUUGGAAAGAAGAGAUUUCAGGAAUACGAGAAGCAAAUAGGCCACAGGGGAAGGUCCCCAAGGCACCACCGACGACCCAAAAGACUCCCGAACCAACAGAAGCUGAGCUCCCGGAUCCUCCAAACCCGGUUCUUAAACGCGAACGUUCAAAGAAUGAGUAUAAGCCUGUGGAUGCUGUGAUGGUUUCCAUCGAGACCCUCCAGAAUCUGGUCAAUGCGUACCGGGACUCGCUCGGCCCACUCAUCGCCGAGACCGCGAGUCUAGUGCCAAGAACCACGGCCGCCAUACGCCACACCAUCAACAUCGCGGCGAGGAACCAUGUCAUCUUCCAGCUGGAGAAUAUUAUCGAGAACCUCAAUGCUAAUCAAGGCAAGGUCGGGGGCUGGAUGUCGAACAUCAUAAACAAUAUCCCCUCCUUGGAUGGCCUCUUGCCUCCGGGUUACGAGAAUCUAAUGUUCCCACCAGCGCCGCCGCAGAAUGACGUUAUCGAGCAUCCUAGUCCUGUGCCCGGCGACCACACUGAUUCGGACCCCCCUGAACCCCCCGUGGGUGAUGGUAACAGCGACAAUAGAACAGGUAAGGGCAAUACAGAUGAUGGUAAUACAGGCGAUGACAACACAGGCGAUGAUCCAGGGGGAGACCUCAACUUGAAUGAGCUCAUUGAUCGAGACGGUUUUCAGAGGUGGUAUGACUCUCAACCUUCACCUACCCAACGGCUCGGUUACGAAGACCUCGAGGAAAGGUGGAAUCAAAUAAUAGAUAGGAGAGUUGCCCAAAUGACUGGCAAGAGCUCCGGGCCAACACUGCCUCCUAUACCAAACCCACUGCCUUCUGCACUAGACCUUAUCAUACCGGAGAAUUAUGUGCCAAGACGAAAAGAACGUGUAUUUGAAGGCGAUUUUGGGGCAGGGGUUCAGAGUUGGGCCUGGGCGGAUAUACUAUAUGCGAUGACUUGGAAAGAAUUCUAUGACAACCUACCCGAUGAUGAGAAAGGGGACUUAGCUGGGUCAAUAGAGAGUUACAGCCGACUCAUUGAAGCUGCAAAAAGGGUCCGCGGCAACACAAUUUGGUUUCAACCUGGAGCUCAACCUCAACCUCGCGGAUGGAGUGUUCGUGAUGUCUUAAAAAGGUCGUUUGAUGACUACUACAACGAGUUACCGGCCAGGGCUAAGCGGUCCGUAGAACGCUCCCGUAGGGAUUGGAAGCGUGUCAGAAGAAACGCGCAAGAUGUCGUAGGAGGGGCACCUCGGCCUUCGACUCGGCCUUCAACUGUGUCUCCACCUCGGCCUUCAGUUCGGCCUCCACCUCGGCCUUCAACUCUGCCUCCACCUCGGCCUUCGACUCGGCGUCGAACUAUACCUCAACCUUCGCCUUCAACUCGGCCUCCAGCUCCGCCUUCAGUUCGGCCUCGACCUUCGCCUUCGACUCGGCGUCUAACUAUACCUCCACCUUCGCGUUCAACUCGGCCUUCAUCACGUCUGUCUUCUGACCCCAAACUAAACACCAAUACCCCCACCCCAUCAACCCAUUCCAGAGGGGCCGCAACAACUCCCACCCAGAUCAGAACAGACGGAAGUAAGGGCUCCAAGUCAACCGGUAACCCGCCCGGAGUCCCCACGACUCAAAAAACAAGUAAGUAAACCCCCCCC